AUGACUUAUCAGUUAUCUGCUUCUGAUCAUGCGGCUAUUGCGGCCAUACUUAGUGAGCCGUGGAUGGAUGUUGAUGAUGAGCAGCAGCAGCAGCCGCAAGUUAAUGAUGCGUACCAGUUAACCGCUGAAGAUCAAGCAGCUUUUGAUCACAUGCUUGCUAAUCCCAAUGAGUUCAACGAACAUGAUGAACAGACUCUAGCAACGACUUUGCUGCAUCUGGAUCAGGUUGAUCGGUUAAGCCCAGGAUCUUUAGCUGCCGCUCUUGCUCUUGCGCAACUGGACGACUGGCAGUAUGAAGAUCCUCCAGCGCCGCAAGCUGGUGGAAAUGCGGUCCGAGAUGAAUCGCUGCCCGAUUUCUCAGGUCUGUUCCAAUUGGUCAAAGAAUCGGAACGCGUUUUCAAAACCUUCAACAGCACUGAACAGAAAUACCGUGUCCAAAUAGCCUCGCUACCGCGAAUUUUUGCAAAAGAAGAAACCAUGCUUAUCAUGCCAGAAAUCUUGCGCGUCAUAAUGGAUUUGUGCUUUAAAGAAUUUGCCCCGACGGACCGUGUUGUUGUGGCUCUCAAAUCGGAUGGGCUUGAAAGAGCGUUCUAUUUAACCAUGCGAAAACUUUCUGACUUUAGCAUACCCGCUUUUAUGCAUCGUAUUGAGCUUCUGAACUCCGGCCAGAAGUUGGUUAUUGACGAUUCUUUCACCAUACGGAUCUGGCGCUCUAUUAUGCCGGCUGGUGGAUCCUGGUUUCUCAGGCAUCAGCACGUUAAGCAUGACAGAAAUCGUUUCAAGAAAUCCAUUGUAAGCGUCCGUGUAGAAAAUAACCUGUGCUUGCCCGCCGCGUUGUUCCUGGGGAAAUUUCGGCUAACGCAUGACCUUGAAGUUGCGCCGCAUAAGAGUAAAUGGAAAAACUAUAUUCGCGCUAACCGCAAUCGGAACUUGGAAGCGGAGGCCACUAAGAUAAUGAAUAACUGCGAUCUGCAGCCUGGCCAUUACUGCGACCUUGAUGCCCUAAGCGUGCUUCAGGAAAAUGAAUUUCCCGAGUUUCAAAUUAAAGUUAUAUCGGCCAAUCAAGGCGACAUGAUUAUUGCACGGGUACCCGAGCGUAAAACCCAUGAUAUGCAGGAGAUUUUUUUGUUGCUGGACAAUGAGCAUUUUGACCUGGUCACAACCGCGACAGGCUUUUACUGCUCACCCUACUUCUGCAAUGAUUGCGAUCGACCGUAUCAUCAUAAAGAACGUCAUCGUUGCGAGGGGAAAUGUAGGUCGUGCUACCGCAACAAGAGCGACUGUCUGGUGGACAAUACAAUCUCCUGCACUGAAUGCAGCCGUCGGUUCCACAACCAACAGUGUUACGAUAUCCAUAAGAAGAAAAGGAAAAAUGGAAAGAAUUAUUGCGAGCAAAUGUUCAUCUGCCAGACAUGCGGUGUUUUUGUGAAUCUGUCCAGUCGUGGCAAAAACGUAACACACCAGUGCGGGGAAAUUUAUUGCAACACGUGCAAUGGUUUUUUUCUCCAAGCUACGCAUUUGUGCUACAUAAAACCACUCAAGGCACCGCCACCAUGGCAGCAAGAAGAAAUGAAAUACAUUUUCUUCGAUUACGAAACCUACAACGAUCCGGUGAAUGGUCACGUGCCCACAUGCAUCGUUGCGCAAUAUGCUGAUGGUUCGGAAGUACGUUUUCCGGAAGAUGGUCAGCCGAUGAAUGCGGAAGUUGAUGAGGCAUUUGGGCGCUGGCUGUUUCAAGAAAAGCAUCGGGGAUUUACUAUCGUAGCACACAAUUUUCGAGGCUAUGAUGGACAUUUUGUCCUGAAGUACAUGUUGGACAAUGGUUUGAAAGGAGUGGAAGUCAUCAAGCGUGGGACGCAGUUGUUGGAAUUGCGGUACCGCAAACUGGGGAUCCGGUCACGCGAUACCCUCAACUUUCUGGCUUUGAAGUUGAGUCAGUUACCAAAAGCGGUUGGCUUGGAAAUCGAGGUGCAGAAAGGCGACUUCCCACAUCGAUUUAAUAAGCCUGAAAAUUGGGAUAAAACUGAUUUGCCCUGGCCCGAGCCAGAACAGUACAUGAUUGAUGGAAUGCGAAAAAAGCAAAAAGAAGAAUUUCUAAAGUGGCACGCUGAAGCUAAAGCGGCCGCCAAUGGGGUGUUCAAUUUUCGCGAGCAGAUGAUGACAUAUUGCUCGAACGAUGUUACGGUUUUGCGUGUGUGUGCGUUAAAGUUUAUCAGCGAUUACCAAGCUCUGACGUCGCUGAAUCCAAUGGAAAGUAUGACCAUGCCUUCGGCCUGCUACCGGUACUGGAGAAUGUUCCACCUUCCCGAGAACAAAGUUGCCGCGUUAUCCAGUCACGGACCGCACAGAAACCGACGAACUAGUAUUCAAGCCACGCAAUGGCUGGAAUGGGAGAACAUGAGCGCAAACGGCCGUAUACGCCAUGGUCGGAACGGCAAAGAAGUUAAAAUUGGGCGAUACUUUGUAGACGGUUUUGACAAGGAAACACAAACCGUUUACGAGUAUAACGGCUGCGUCUUCCAUGGACAUCCUUUCUGUACUGAAGAAAACGAUGUUGUACCAUACUCCAAAAAGAAAAUGCGCGAAGUUUACGAAGAGUUCCAGGAACGCGAACGCUUCCUUGAAAGUCAGGGCUACACUGUGGAGGUGAAAUGGAGCUGUGAGUGGCUUAAAGAACGACAAGAUCCCGAUAUUGCCGCAUUUCUGCUGAAUAUGAACAUUCGUGAGCCAAUGAAUCCUCGUGACGCCUUCAAAGGAGGCAGAACGAAUGCCAGUCGUUUGUAUUACCAAGUGAAGGAUGACGAAGAAAUUAGGCACUAUGACGUUGUUAGCUUGUACCCAUUCGUGAACAAGACCAAGGCAUACCCGGUCGGCCAUCCUGAAGUAAUCGUAUCCAAUUUCAAGGAUGCCAAAGAUUAUUUUGGACUGGUCUACUGCAAAGUAGCGGCUCCGGAUCAAUGCCUGUAUCCAGUCUUACCGGCCACGAUAAACGGCAAACUCAUGUUUGUUCUAUGCAAAAAAUGCGCGAUGGAAAAAGCGGCGAACCGCUGUGCGCAUACAGACGAUGAUCGCUGUUUCGAAGGGGUUUGGGCGACACCCGAACUACAUCAUGCAAUCGAUGUGGGGUAUCGUGUUGUGGAAAUGUAUGAAGUGUGGCACUGGACGCAUUCUGACACCAAGCUCUUUGCGGCAUACAUGGACAAGUUUUUAAAAGUGAAAAUGGAAGCCAGUGGUUGGCCUGCGUGGUGCGAUACCGAUGAAAAGAAAGCCAAGUUUAUUCAGACGGUUAAAGAACGCGAAGGCAUUUCCUUGGAUCCGGAUGCUAUGGUUUUUGAUGCUGGAAAGAAGAGCACCACCAAAAUUGUGGUGAACAGUCUUUGGGGUAAAACCGGUCAAAGUUGCGAUAUGAACUCAACGGAGUUUGUCUACGACCCCAAACGGUAUUCUGAUCUGUGUCGUUCAAAAGCUAUUGAAAUACAUGAUGUCUAUGGCGUAAACCCAACGUGUCUGAUGGUAACACACUCGAAAGUGGAUGACUACAAUGAAGGUAGCAACGGUACGAAUGUUGUCAUUGCCGCUUUCACCACCAGCCAUGCGCGACUUAUACUGUUAUCCCUCAUGGAAAAGUUGGGCGAGCGCCUCCUGUACUACGACACGGAUUCCGUGAUAUUCAUUCACCGACCUGGCGACUGGCUUCCUGAUACCGGCAGUAUUCUUGGGGAUUGGGAUAACCAGCUAGAAGCUGGCGAGAAUCACAUCGUCAAAUUUGUUUCCUGUGGUCCAAAAGUGUACAGCUACGAAACCGACACGGGGCGCAUUGAGUUGAAAGUGAAAGGGAUGAUGCAGAACGGAUUUACGGAAGAUAUUCUGGAUUGGGACUCGGUCACGAAGGAGCUGACGCGGACUGGAAAAGCCUUGGAUUUUAACCAGCUGAAGCGGUUACUGGAUGGUGUGGAUGGGCACGUGCAGGUUGUAUAUCCAGAAUACAUCAAACGAAAUGGAAAAACCCAAGAAAUUAAUACUGUUCAGUUAGCUAAGAAAUUGAAGCUUGUUUACGACAAGCGCAUCAUGUUGGAUGAUUUUACAACGCUGCCUUUUGGCACGCGAUAG